CAACCCGUACACCGUUCAUCAAAAACACGCGCAUGGUGCUUUCGGGAAUCGGCACGUUCAAAACAAACCUUUUAGCACCGUUUCGCUACAGCCCGCAUCCAAAGUCAUUGAAAUCCUUACAAAAUAUGGGAAAGAUCAACAAAAAGCUCCCGAAACCCAAACUCAUCGCGAAACCGUCCGACGAUAGUGGCAAAGUGAAGGGCCCGUUUCCCAUCUACCGAUCGACGCCGGUCCAGCUAAAUGGUCCCGAACCAACGAGCUUCAAGAUAGUGGAAACCAAACCGAAACAAAAGCAUGGCAAUGCCCCGAAACGUGCGCCGGCAGAAAAAUCGACAACCAAACCAUCGGCCACCACACCAUCCGCAGCACAAGAGCUCGAAGACGAAGAGGGAGUGAAGACGAAAAAGCUACGCAAGCUGGCCAUUUCCCGCCUGUCCAAGAAGGAGAAGAAACAGUUCCGCAAGGAAGAGAUGCUGAAGAAGGUGCAACUUACCAAACAAGCGUUCAAGCAGGACAAGGAAAGAAAGAAGCGAGAGCAAACGGCCGUCACCGGCGACAUGAGGCCGCUGCUGGAUGCGCUACCGUCGCUCGACUCACUGUUCGAGGUGAAGACGGCGGCAACGGUGAUGAAAACGGGCGUUCCCAAGUACGACCGGAAGGCGGAACCGAAAACGAAGAAGGAGCGCCGUACUCAGCGCAUGAAGCAGCGCAAGAAGGAGUUUCUGAAGCGAUGCAGCACCAUCAAGCGGGUGCUGAACGAUACGACUUUUAAGAAGGAUCCCAAGAAGAUGAUUGCCGAUCACAUCAGGAAUACGCGCCGCGAGCAGUUGGAGCUGCUGAUGAAAGGUGCAUCGUGAUCGGUUGGAAAUGGACAGGGUUACAUUAAACAAUUUGUUAAGGCUGAAAUAUAGGAACACGUGCGCUACAUAA